AAGAGAAUCCUAUCCAGUGAUGACCAGUUCCUAAAAGAUAUCCCCCAGCGACUGGAAUGUUAUGAAUCUUGCAGAAGUGAGGAGAGUAGAGAGAUACAAAAAGAUUCCUUGAUUGAAACAGUUUUUGACAAGAAAGCUCCUAAGGGGGAGAAAGACUUUGAUGUCAUCUCAAAUCCAGAAACAUAUACACAAAGCACUGCAAGGCAACUUCAUAAAUGUAAUACCUGUCAUAAAAGCUUCAAAUGUUAUUCAGAUGUUAUUAAACAUCAAAGAUUUCAUACUGUAGAAAAGCCCUAUGAAUGUGGAGAAUGUGGGAAAACCUUCAGCCAGAGCUCAGAUGUUAUUAAACAUCAUAGGAUCCAUUCUGGAGAGAAACCUUAUGAAUGUAGUGAUUGUGGGAAAGCUUUUAUUCACAGCUCACAUGUAGUUAGACAUCAGAGAAUUCAUAGUGGAGAGAAACCCUAUAAAUGCAGUGACUGUGGGAAAGCCUUCAGCCAGGGUUCAAAUCUUAUACGUCAUAAAAGAAUUCAUACUGGAGAGAAGCCUUAUGAAUGUAGUGAAUGUGGCAAAGCUUUUAAUCAAUUUUCGUUACUUGUUGAACAUGAGCGAAUCCACACUGGAGAAAAACCAUAUGAAUGUAAGGAAUGUGGUAAAACAUUCAGUCGAUGUUCAGGUUUUAUAACUCAUCAGAGGAUUCAUACUGGUGAGAAACCUUAUGAAUGUAAUGAAUGUGGGAAAACUUUUGGUCGAAGUUCAGACAUUAUUAAUCAUCAGAGAAUUCACACUGGAGAGAAGCCCUAUGUGUGUAAAGAAUGCGGAAAAGCCUUCCGAGGUUGGUCAAGCUUUAUUCAACACCAAAAAAUUCAUACAGGAGAAAAGCCCUAUAAAUGCAAUGAAUGUGGGAAAACAUUUCUUCGGAGGACCCAGCUUACCAAACAUCAGAGAAUUCAUACCAGAGAUACCCCUCUUAAUAACCCUCCCUAUUUAUUAAAUAAGGAGGAAAGAGAAUUGUGUAUAAUAGAUUAUCCACUUUAGAGAAAUCUUUUUAUAUUAAAAGUUGCUAACAAGCAAGUAAUUCCUAUUGCACUGUUCCUGGUGUGGCACCCCACAUAAGUUGCUAGUAUUUUUUCCCUGAAGAAAUGUUUGUAGGUUAAUUGUUUUGAAAUGUGUGGCUGUUCCCCUUUACUUGGCAUUCUUCUAAGAAGAACUUGGAGUAGAUAUGUAGAUAUCUAGGGAAGAAAAAUUUUCAAGAAAGAGAUGUUUUUUGGAUGUUGUGAGGAACAUUAGAAGAAUUGAGAAGGAUGAGAACUGGGAGAAGUUAUUAAGCAAUCAAGUGGUCUUAAUUAGACCUCUUUUAUUUACCACAACUCAGGAACUCUGGAAAGUAAAACAAAGAAACAGAAUGGGAGUGAAGCUAAGAAUCCAAUCUAAAACAUUAGAACCUGAAAAAUUCUCAGAGAUUGCGUCCAAUAUCCUUAUUUAACAGAUGGGGGACUUCUCCCUUGUUCUCCUCUCCAGAAGCAGGUAAAGUUCCUUUGUGAAGAAGCUUAUAGUGACCUGAAUGUGCUUGAUGAAUCCAAGUGACCCAAUUUGAGUUUGAGGAUCUCAGGCACUACCUGACCAUUCCUGUCUCAUCCCAAGAGGUGGCAGCCUCUCAGUUCAGCGGACGUUCAAAGGCUGAGGAAUUGGUGGGAUAUUAAGAUUUCCUCUAGAAACACACAACAGAAGCAGACAUAUGUUUGCCCCCAUGACUCGAGAGGCAAAUUCACAGGCAAUGUUUCUGAAGUCCAAUCUUUGUGGAAGGAGAAUCUACAUUUUCUAGCCAGUAUGAUCACAGAAACUAGGUUUUGAGAUGAGGGAAGAAUUAUGGGGUCAUUUCCAGCUUUGGAGGUUGCCUCCUGAGUAGUUCACAUUCAAGAGUUUAGUGAUCUGACAUUUUAAGGAAGGGGAGUUACUGAAUAUUGUACUUCCUGUAGAUAGAAAAGAAUGUCCCAUAUAAUAAAAGUAAAAGAUCAGUAACUAAUCAGAAAACCAUCAUAGAGAGGAAUUGAAAGCCUGGAUUUUGUUUCCUAUUAUUACUAUGAAUCAUUAGGACAAUAAUAGUUGAGUGAAAGUGUGUUUUUACUUUUCACAGGGGAAAUCUAAACGGAUUGCUUCUAACAAAUAUGAGAGGUACUGUGUAAGAUGUGAGAAAACAGGGAUUCCAUUAGAAUGUCAAAUUUAUUAACUUUUAAGAGAAGCCAAGAAAAGUUAUCCGUAUACAUUGUUGAUGGGUUCCUAAGUUUUUGUACCACUUGCAUUUUCUGUCAAAUAAGUACACUGUCUUUUACCCAGUAUGAAUUUUAUUUCUUUUACUGCUUAUGGAGACCUGGGGACUUUGUUGCUCACAUCUGCAAAAACCCAGACUUAAAACAUAUUUGGAGAUUUCCUAGAGUAAAUUCUUUGUGAGGAUGAUGAGAGUACUAAUGAAGAGGUUAGGCAGGUAUGGGUGGGGUUCUUCCAGAGGCUGUGGUGAAAAGCUUUAUUGUUAAAGAGACACCAAGAGCAAUUCUCUUGGCAGCAUAUCAUUCUCAAGGAAGAAGUGAUUUGCAAAAAGCCAUUUUUUGAAAACCCAUAUUAUGUAUGAGUCUAAAGGAAGCCUCAAGUGAAUGUGAAAUCUUGCCUGGAGUUGUGACUUCCCCCCAAGAAAGCUUAUCUUGCUCUGAGAGGAUGCAAGGCCAUUUGAGUUUGUAGCUCAAAGGAGACAUUUUUUGGUGAUUUUACAUAAUUUUACAAGGCUUACUCAGGUCAUACAGAGUUCAUUCUCCUCAGGGACAUGAUGAAUCAAAGAAAAUACUACCAUUCUCCCUGCCUUUGCCUUUGGAGGGUCCAAGCUAUGAGUGAGGUAAAAGUAUAGGGAAAGAAAUAACUUUAAAAGGCUGCUGAGCAAUCAUCAUUCUUUGUCCUGAAAGACAAAGAAUGAAUCCUUAUUUCCUUCUCUAGUGGAGAGGGAGCUUUAUAGGUAGGUAACACUUCAUAGUUUUGCCAGGCCCAGGAACUAUUUCAGUAGAGUUUUGCCUGUUCUCCUUUGUCACAAGGGAGAUUUUAAUGGAAGAAAGAAAGUUGAAAUGAGAGUGUAUAAGGCAUUAAAGUGCUUACUAUAUGCAAAACACUGCUGAGAACUGUGGAGACAAAAGAAGAGUUCCUGUUCUCAAGGGGCCCCUACUCUAAUGGGAAAGACAACAUGUGGAAGGUUUAAGUUGCAAGUCAAAUGGAAAAGGCCCUGGAGCCUUAGAGUGUACCCAGCAGGAAUGACUGGAAAUGACUUUAUGGAUUACAUUUUUUAAAUAGUGGGAAGGGGAAUGUGAUCAAGACAACUGUCUAAUCAAUCUGAGUUUUUGGAGAGAAGAGGUUUUUUAAUCUUUAAAAAAGUAUUUCUAUAUUCUCUUCAUUUCUGAAUAUAACUUCUCCCCUUCAUUAAGUCAUCCUAUGUGACUAAUCAGAAAAAAAAAAAAAAGGCAUAAAAUAGUUCCCAAAUGAAUAAGCAUGUGAGAUUGUGCCCAAAUCAAUAAUAAAGGAAAUGCAAGUCAAAACAA